CAGAGAAAUAAAACUGUGUUUCAGGGGCAGAUGUGAUCAUCGGUGCAGCACUAUAAUACUAUUCAUAUUUCUUCACACUAUAGCAUGACGUAAGACCCCGAUGAUGUGUGAUUUCAUUACCUGAGUUGCAAAAUAACACCGGCAGAUUUAUUAUGGUUGCGUCUUCUCCGUGCGCCGAGCGUGCUGCGUCCGCGGCCGUGAUUGGCCGGCUGUGCUGAGAGCUCCACAGCGCCACGCCGCUCCGGGAUCCUCUGGUGCAGAGAGAAAGCGCAGCUUGGCCGCCAGCGAGCACCGAGCCGGGCUGGGAGGGCAGAUGAUGUGAUGUGAUCCAAUACGGGCGGCCGGCUGCAGCUACGGGCGGACUGGCACUUAAAAGCGGCUGUCGACCUCGGCCCUGCUCACUACUGCGUGUGUGUGUGUGUCGUCGUGGGAGCGGAGGCGCAGAAGCCCGGAGGCUGACCGAAGCGCUCUAUCACAGCAGUGUAUUUCCAGUCAGCUAUGAUGUCAGUACAAACUCCUCCCCUCUCCCGCUCCGGCUCAUCCCCGUCUAAUGUGGGCUUGGCCAAUCGCAACGGAUCCUCUGCCACCCCUCCCACCUCCCUCAGCCUUCGCUCAUCAUACAACCAGCUGCUUGGGCGAGACGUCAUCAAAGAAUCCAUGGAAACUGGAAGUUCGGCCACCUUGCCAAAGAGCCGUCAAAGGUACGCAAUGACCAGUGUGCGGAGCGCCAUGGGCAUAAGUGACAACUUGGCUUUGUCCUCUAAAAAUCAACCUGUAACCAGAGGGAGGGGCCUCCCCACAAAGUCCUCCUCCAGUUCUGCCCUCUAUUCCUCCUCAUCUUCCUCUUCUCUGUUCAAUACAACCAACCCUAAACUGGCCAAGAAUGGGGCCAACAUGCAGAGACGGGCCGAGAGUCAGCAGAUGGAGCUGAGCAGAGCAAAUACAGAGGGCAAAAUUCACAAUGAUCUCAUCAAUAACCCCAGCUCUGAUUGGCUAGAAUUUGGAAAAGACAACUCCCACCUGCCCCCGUUCCGUAGACGGACCAAGAGUUUCUUGGAGUACCAUGGGAAGGGCUGGGAUCUGGACCUCAAUUGGGGAAACAAAGAGGAAAAGGAGCAGAAGAAGCAGCAGCCAUCCCCAGAGAAGGAGCAGGCCAGCCCUGUCAAGGAGAGGGAGAGUCAGAAGGAGGAGAAGCUCAACAGCAAACAGAGCUGCCAGGAGGAGAAGGAAGAGGUGGAGCCAGUGGUGGAAGAGGAGGAAGAUGAUCCCACACCUACACCGAGGCAGCCCUUGCUACCAGUGGUGGUGGAAGCCCCUCUUUCACCCACCUCCUCCUCUUCCACAGACAGCCCAGAGUGGGUGCCAGACAACCAAAACCACAUCCAGAACCAGGCUCAGGUCAGGGAGGAGCUCUGUGCCCAUGUUCAGGCUAGUCCACGCAGUCCUGCAAAGCCACCUCGAAGCUCCCAGCCGCGGGUGAUAAAGGUCGAGCUGCACCCCAACAAUGAGAACCAGUUUCUGCAACAGUACCCGCCUUCUUCCCCUAAACAGAAUCGAGCUAUAGAGAGAAACACCCCUACCAGGAACAGAGCACCCCCCACCCUGCCAGAUCCUGAACCAGAGACCGGACUCCCUAAAGUAGGUCUAAGAAUGGAUCUGACUCCUGAAACUCCAUCAGAGGAUGAAGACUCCAGUUGGACCACCCUCUCCCAAGAGACACCAUCUCCUCAGACUCCACGGGAGACAGCAGCAGAUGUAUGGGGUGAGGGGGACCUGCCCCCAGGCUGGCGGGAAAUCUCAGACUCAUCAGAGAUCUAUUUCUGGCACAUCCCCACUGGCACCACACAGUACCACCGACCUGUUGCCUCCGGCAACCAGCACACCUCUCCCGACAAUGAGCCAGAAGCUGAGCGCGAGCCACAACAGGAAACGCAGGAUUCCCUCAAGCCACCCAAUGAGCGCCCCAGCAGCCUGAUAUCUGACAGCUCUGUGGAGCCGGUCCCCUCACCCUCUGGCUCCUCCCCCUCCCCCUCCUCCUCCUCCUCCACCCCCUACAAUGAUGUCACCUCUUCUGGACCAAAUCUCAACACCAACACCUGUACAGCCAACGAGCUGAAGGACUAUCCGGUCUAUCCAGAUCCCAGUCUGAAGGCAUUUGAAGGGGCUACCCUCCGCUAUGCUUCACUUAAACUCAACCCCCCAGCCCAGCUGGAGACAGUGGACCUUAACAAUACCUUCUCUGAUCCAGAGGCAAUGUCAUUUCCAGUGCGAUCUCUGGGCUGGGUGGAGAUGGCAGAACAAGACCUGUGUGAGGGGAGGAGCAGCGUGGCCGUCCACCACUGUAUCAGACAGCUGUCCUACUGCAGGAGGGACAUACGAGACUCCGCUGGUGUCUGGGGAGAGGGUAAAGGGAUGCUACUGGUUCUUCAAGAUCGCAUGUUGACCCUGGUUGACCCAGAUGAUCGCAGCCUGCUCCACUCUCAGCCAAUCAGUAGCAUUCGUGUCUGGGGCGUCGGCAGAGACCACGAUAGAGAAAGGGACUUUGCCUACGUGGCGAGAGACAAAAACACACGGGUGCUGAAGUGCCACGUGUUCAGAUGUGAUACUCCUGCCGCAGCCAUCGCCACAAGUCUCCACGAAAUCUGCUCCAAGAUUAUGGCUGAAAGGAAAAGUGCCAAGGCUGCAGCUGGCAGCUCCUCCCAGACCGGCUCCGAUGUACCCCUACAAGAGUUUCCAAUGCCAAAGACUGAGCUGGUGCAGAAGUUUCAUGUGCUGUAUCUGGGGAUGACGUCUGUGUCUCGCCCCAUAGGUAUGGAUAUCAUAAAUGGGGCCAUAGAGAGUCUCCUGUCCUCCACAGGCAAAGAGGACUGGACUCCUGUCAUAUUAAGUAUUGCUGACACCACUUUAGCUGUCAUCAAAGAAAAGGAGGAGGAAGAGGAGGUGUUGGUGGAGUGUCGAGUUCGUUUCUUGUCUUUCAUGGGCGUUGGACGAGAUGUUCACUCAUUUGCCUUCAUUAUGGAUACUGGGAAUCAGCAUUUCCAGUGUCAUGUGUUCUGGUGUGACCCCAAUGCAGGCAGUGUGUCUGAGGCUGUGCAGGCAGCUUGUGUGCUGCGAUACCAGAAGUGUCUGGUGGCACGGCCGCCCUCCCAACGUGCUGGCUCAUCAUCCUCGCCCUCUGCGGACUCUGUGACCCGCCGGGUGACCACCAGUGUGAAGCGUGGCGUGCAGUCUCUCAUAGACACUCUGAAACCCAAGAAACAGCCAUCAGAACUCCCUCAGCAAUGACCGUCACCAGUGACCACAGCACCCCCCCCCCGCCCCCACAGCCGCAACUGGAUGCCACUCACACACUAUCGCCACAACAACACCUAAUCAGUACCAGCCAUGGUAACCAAUGAUGUACAUACAUGUUAACAAAAACCACCACAGAUGAAAGAAAGAAGAGCACUUCUCCAGUACGCUUGAUGAUUUAAAAAAAAUGACAAGAAAAGUUUCAUAAGGAGGAAUAGAAAACCUGGUGUCACUGGUUGGACUUUGACCUUUGAACACUGCUGUGUCCAAGUGCUUCAUUGGCCCUCACUGUAUGUGGAUUUCUGGGCUGGAUGGAUUACUUGAUCAAGUACUCUACAGAAGGGAUACAGAAAAAAUAACGAUCGCAUUUCUGUUAACAGACUGGUGUGUGGAACCACUCAUCGGUUUACUCUGUUUUCUUUCAUGCUCUGUCCCUUCCUGUAAAACACUCAUCAGCACAGUUAGCGCUCCUAAACUAGACAGCUGAGACGCCAAGCUACAGGAGCCUUCUGGACAGAAAAAGGUGUCCACUUGCUGUCAUGGAAUUUCAACAAGUGAAUAAGAAAAGAUACAGAAGAGACCUGCCAACACGCUCCCUUCCACCAAAUGGCAUAAAAAUGUUUUGGUUCCUACGAUGUGCGACAGACCUGGAAAAAAAACAAAUAGCAUCUCCUUUGAGGAUGAAUGAAGUGAUUGUAACGCUGACGUGUAUGUAAAUGAUUGUAUCUAGGAAGAGAGAAUUUAGGGCACAAAACUUGUAGAUAUGAAGGAGACUUGAAGUGUUGGUGACAGAUGUGGGUUUUUGUUUUGCAUGUUUUCUUGAUGGGAUAUGUUUUACAUUGAUGAGUUUUUAAAAAAAAAAAAAAAAGGGUCUCGGUGAACACACAAGAAAUAGAUGCUCUUAGCACAAUUCAUCUCCACUCGACCAUGACUGGUUUAACACUGGCGCAAAAAAAAUCUGGCCGAUUUUUGACCCAUAAAAGUUUAUUCUCUGCCCCAUUUUCAGAAUCAAAAUAAAGGAUUGUCAGUCUACGAUUUUUACUUUCCAUUCCUUGAUGGAUGAGUAGAUAAGCAACGGAGCGGUAACUGUUUUCAAUGUAUUUUUAAGCUUUUGAUUAGUUAAGAAUGUAAUUUUUUGCAUACAUUAUAGAAAAAAACUGAGUUAAAAAGCUCAAGAAUGUUACAUUGCUUAUGUUCAAACUUUACAAUUUCCUCAGGAAUCUUUUUUCAUACACCCCAGAUUAAUGUGGCAGCAAAGAAAUCCCAAUUCAGGCUUCGAUUAUGGCAGAUGUUACGCGCUCAAAGUUGUAUGAACAGUGGUACACAAUAGUGUUUGUCCUGCUCAGGCAGCAUGGAAAAGGUCAAAUCUGGGCGAUACAGUUCUCUUCCUCAGUGAAUCCAGCCAGUCUACUCCCACUCGCAAACAAAACACACAUAUACACAAAUAUGCACAUACAGUAGUUAAAAAAAAAAGUCUGCUAUCACUGGUAUCAAAACCUUAGCACUGCUCCUACGGCUCAAGGCCACCACCUGCACUCCACAUGAACUCUGUGAAUGCAGUACGAUCAAAAGGAAAAAGACACACACAAAACAAACAGGAGAGAUGCUUAAAAAUCAUUUCAGUUCUGUUCUUCACUCAUCUCC